ACCUCAGACAACCCAGGUACGUUUGGAUGCUAACUCACUAUUUUACUUUCGGCUGUCUGUUUGACUGCCUCUCUAUCUUUUGCUCUCCUCCAGACCAUGUCGGUCCCCCAGGACCUCCUGCCAGACGGCAGUCCCCUGAUUGGAGCAGCGAGGCUGGGGAAGCUUCGCCUCGUUAGGCUGCUCCUGGAGGGUGGUGCCCAGGUCAACGAGAGAAACCCGGGAGGAGAGACUCCUCUCCUGGCAGCGUGUAAAGCCCUGAGAGGGGAACCCACUGGACCUGGAACCCUGAAACUGCUCAGAUACCUACUAGACAACCAGGCAGACCCUAAUGCCCAGGACCGGUCAGGCCGUACAGCUCUGAUGUAUUCCUGUAUGGAGAGGGCUGGAGCUCAGCUAGCCUCUACUCUCCUCUCAGCUGGAGCUGACCCCAGUAUGGAGGACUACUCUGGAGCUUCAGCUAUGGUCUACGCUAUCAACGCACAGCACCAGCCUACACUACAGGUGCUACUGGACGCAUGCCGCGCCAAAGGCCGUGACAUCAUCAUCAUCACCACGGAGAUGGGUGUGAGCGGAGGACCGGUGACGAGGCGCUACCUGAACGUUCUGCCGUCUCCCGAUGCAUCACCUGUCACCUGCAUGUCACCCUCUGACAUCAUCAUCAAGACGGGCUCACCCAACUCACUUGAGGGAGAGAACGUGUUCAAUUUCAGAGGAUCAGGUAAGAGGGGAAGUGGCAGCAGCAGAUUCUCCCCAUGUGAGCUGAGUCCAGUGGACCAGUCCUGUAUCACCCCUCCCAGACAGCGACAGUGGUCUGAACCAUGGCUAGCUAUUCACAAUCUGGCUCGACUUAACAAGGUCUACCAAGAGGGAAGGAGGGAAAGGAAGGUAGAGGAAGAGGGAGGAGAGGAAGGAGGAAAGGGAGAAAAAGGUUUUCUUCAUCACGACUUUAAGAAGGAAAGGAGGGAGAAGGCCGAGCUAGAGGAAGAGGUGGGAGAUGCCUCUUGUUCUCUCCUCUUUCCCACAGAGGAGCACCUUUCCCAGGCAGCCCAGAGCAGACUGUCCCCUGAGAGGAGGCUAGCCCCUGGAGGUUCCACCUUGGAUUUAUACAGAGAACACCCCAGUACUCAAACUGCUUUACAUUGUAGAGGGGGAUCUAAUGUCAUCGGAGGCGACCCAAUGACCCGGAAGUGCUCUGUGGACAAACUUCCUCCCUGCUCUCCCUCUCGCUGGCAGGGAGCUCGUAGGAACACCCUCCCUUCCUUGACUCCAGCUCCACCCCUUCUUCACCUGCCUCCCCUAUCGUGUUAUGAGUCUCACCUACAGGUCCCGCCCCUUGGCCUACCUGUUGCAGGUGUAGGCAUGGUGUGUCGGACGCAGCUGACCUCCCCCUCCUCCCCUCUUUCUCUCACUCCGCCCCUUUCUCGCACUCUCUCCUCCUCCCCCGCUCUUCCCUUUAAAACAAUAUUUAGACCGGGCUUUCUGCCUCCUCUACCCAUCUCCUCGUCCUCCUUUGUUCCCCCUCUCCCUCCCUCCAGUGAGAGGCCACCUCGACGUCACUCUAUCCAGCUGGAGCCGCUGAGAGGAGAGGAGGAUUAGGAGGAAUAGAGGAAGAACAGAGGAGAUAAGAGGGAGAGGAGGAAAGGAGGUGCGGGAGUGAGACCCUAUGUUAGCUGUUGUGGUGUGAUAUGUGUGAUACUUGUAAUAACCUCUAGAGCAUGCUGGACACUUAUUUAGUGCUUGCUGACCUGAAUGUGUGCUUUCAUAUCAACAGUCUAAAGCAGUAAUCUCCAAUCCAAAGAAUGAGUUGGAAUCAUUUGUUUAUUAGAUAUUUCCUAUUUAUACUGUAUGGAUAUAAAAGCCAUCCUUUAUUCACUUCUGUUGUAGCCUUUUCCCCACGCUGAAAGUUGUCGCUGAACUUUAGUCUGUCUUGCUUUAUGAUAGUCACAUGCCCCUACCUUUACAAGAAGUUAGUCAGUAUUCUUAGUGAGGGCUUUAAAGCAAAUGUUAAUUUGACUGUGUACUUUAUCUACAGGAUUGGUGUCCCGUCAACAGGAUGGUUGAGCUAACGUAGGCUAAUAUGAUUAGCAUGAGGUUGUAAGAAACAAAAACAAAUCACAGGACAUAUCUGAUAUUCUUGCUAAUCUAACUGCACUGUCCAAUUUGCAGUAGCUAUAUUACAGUGAAGGAAUACCAUGCUAUUUGAGGAGAGUGCACAAUUAUGAACUUGAAAAUGUAUGAAUUAACCGAUUAGGCACAUUUGGGCAGUCUUGAUAAAACAUUUUUAAUAGAUAUGCAAUAGUUUAUUGGAUCACUUUAAAACUUUGCACAUACACUGCUGUCAUCUAGUGGCCAAAGUCUAAAUUGCACCUGCGCUAGAAUAAUUCAUUUUGGCCUUUCUCUUGCAUUUCAAAGAUGAUGGUACAAAAAAACGGUUGUUUUUGUCUUUCACCAGAUCUAAUGUGUUAUAUUCUCCUACAUUAAUUUCACAUUAACACAAACUUCAGUGUUUCAUUUCAAAUGGUAUCAAGAAUAUACAUAUCCUUGCUUCAGAUCCUGAACUACAGGCAGUUACUCAUUUUG